AUGACUUCGAGCUUCUCUCCUUUGGAAUCUCCUACUCCGACUCCCACCAGCAUCUACAGUCAGCACUCCAUGGCAUCUCCCGGUUGGCACGAAGCUGGUCACUAUCACAGUCUCCCGAUGGAACGCCGGUCAUCUGCAACUCCCCUGCGAAGCGCAUUCAGAAUGGCCGAUUUGACAUCCGGCGAAGCCAUGGGAAUGCCAUGCGGGCCAAUGGAUCGCCAGGAUCAUAUGCCCAUUUCUGACUACUUUCCUGGUUACGAUGAGAACGUGGACCAGUUUCUGUUACCGGACAAUAUGCCGAAAACCUUCGAGCAGCCCACAUUCCCUUACCAAGCCCCGAUGCCUCAGUAUAACACCAUGGGCCGAAACUACACAUACCGCCCGCAGCAGACGACUUACUUGCCUGAGUCUGCAUCAAAUCCCUGUCUGUCCCGUCCCAUCUUCAAUCCGUCCGAGCGGAUGCCCAACUCCGUCUCAAUGACCAACAUGCUUCAUUGGAUGCCGUCUCAUGAGUCUCUGGCUGCACAAACAAUCGCCCCUCAACAGGCCUUCCCGACACAGGCUGGACCGGCUACCCCACCUUCAUCUUCUUACUCUGAAUUUCCUACAAACAUCCACGGCUUCAAGGCCCACACUCCUUCUACACCUGUCCGAUCUGUUUCUUUGGGAACUCCAUCUGGAUCCGACACUCCUGUCAGCCGACUCUCCGGUCACAAUGAAUAUCAUGACGAAUAUCCCGUUUCACCAGUCUACCGAGACGGUAUGAUUCGCACUCACAUCCACCGCCAACCUACACGCAAAUCCUCGAAGAAGCAGCUUACUCGAUCAAAUCUCAGCUUGGAAAACCUCCCUCCUAUUAUCAAGCAAGUUCAAUUUAAGUGCAAGGAGCCAAAUUGCAAGGGACGCUUCAAGCGACAAGAGCAUCUGAAGCGACACAUGAAGAGUCAUUCUAAGGAAAAGCCACAUGUUUGUUGGGUACCAGGGUGUCAUCGUGCUUUCUCUCGCAGUGAUAACUUGAACGCCCAUUACACCAAGACCCACAGCAAGCGAGGUGGUCGGAAUCGUUAUGUCGCCACUUUGGAUGAGGGGAGCCAAGACUACGACCCUGAUUUCCGUGGACAGUUGACCCCUGAUGGGCGACCCAUCUAUGGAUCGAAAUUGGAGGAUCCGAUGAUCGACUGCGGCGACCUGAGCGUUGACGGCUGGGAUGACUAG